CAGACGUUUGACUCCUCUGUUAACUUCAACAGACCUUGUGACAAUGGCCAACAAGCCCGGAGGAUGGAGUGACACAAUGGACACCACUGAGGAAAUUCAGUGGAUUUGUGAUCAGGCGAAGGACCAAGUGGAGGCUUUCACUGGCGAGAACUAUGUGGUAUUCACAGCAAUUAAAUACAGGAGUCAGGUUGUGGCUGGAGAGAACUUCCUCCUCAAGGUUGAUGUUGGAGAGGACUACCAUCAUCUGAAUGUCCAUCGCGUAUAUUCUUGUGACGGACAUCGGAUUGUGCUGCGUGGUGUCGAGCAGCACAGAACCAAAGACUACCCCCUCGUACCUUUCACCAACUGAUCACACAACCUGUUUCAACAGUUAAACACUUACAGGCUGCAGUCUCAUGUUGAAAUGCUCUGCUUCUUUGUUCUGAAAUGACCUGACACUGAUUUUAAAUGUAUUAAUACUUACAGAUAAAGAUAUUUGAUGUUGGGAAACAGCAGGUUAAAUGCAUUUCGUUCUAAAGAAAUAAUAAAAGAU